AUGUCAGUACCAAACCCAGGUCCAGUUACCCCCAAUCAUGUUCUGUGGUAUAUUCCAAACCAGAUAGGAUACAUGCGUGUCAUUACCAUGGUUAUAUCGUUAAUUACAAUGAGUAAACAUCCUGUAUACACCACUGUUAUCUAUGGUAUAUCAUGUCUUUUGGAUGCCCUCGAUGGUACAAUGGCCCGUAAAUACAACCAAGUCAGUCGUUUGGGAGCAGUAUUGGAUAUGGUCACCGACAGAUCGACUACUACCUGUUUGAUCUGUUAUCUAAGUGUAAUGUACCCAAAAUGGUGUGCAGUAUUUCAAAUCUUAGUGGCAUUAGAUAUAUCAUCCCACUACAUGCACAUGUAUGCAAGUUUAACAGGUGGUAAUACAUCACAUAAACAAGUGGGUCGUGAAUCUUCAAGAUUAUUACAUUGGUAUUAUACAAGAAGAGAUGUUCUUUUCACAAUUUGCGCCUUUAACGAAUUGUUUUACGUCGGGUUGUAUCUAUACGGUUUUGAAAGGUUCAAUCGCUUUGGAUUCUGGGUCAUUGUAAUUUGCUUACCAGGUUACAUCUUUAAACAAGUAUCCAACGUAAUUCAAUUGAAUAGAGCUGCUCUCAUCUUAGCGUCUCUGGAUGCCAAGGAUGCCAAUAAGAGAUCCACGUGA